CCACCCCAUCCAUUUGCGCGCGCGCGCUCCCCACAGGAGGCUGGUUCCUGACAGAAGGGUCGGAAGAGUUCCAGCUGCCUGUAAAACCGACGCCGCUGUGCAGGAGCGCGCGUCCUUCGAGUGUUGUCAGCCUGAUCGAGACUCCCAAAGAUGUCAGCGCAAGGCCAUACCUGGUCCCGACAGAUGAAGAAGGAGGAUGAGGAAGAAGACCCACUGGAUCAGCUGAUCUCCCGCUCUGGCUGUGCUGCUUCUCACUAUGCAGUGCAGGAGUGCAUGGCCCAGCAUCAGGACUGGCGACAGUGCCAGCCACAGGUGCAGGCCUUCAGGGAUUGCAUGAGUGAACAGCAGGCAAGGCGACGGGAGGAGCUGCAGAGGAGGAAAGAGCAAAGCAGUGCCCACAGCUGAAAUCCCAAACCACCUAUCCCCAGAGGAUGGCCCUGCAGAAACUAGCACCCAGAGAGAUCAUGGGAGGAAGAAAUCCUAAACAGUGGAAGUGUGGGCCAAGAAGUGUAAGACUUGGGGAUAGUCUUGGGCCUGGGGAUGAGAGCCAGGCAGCCAUGGGUUGGACAUGACUGCCAUAAAAAGCUGUCAUAUUUUCAUGUUGAGAUCCCACACAUCCUCAUCCAUCUUGUGCCACCAAUAUUAAAUACUGACCAGUAUUUGCCAUGUAAAACAAAGAAUGGAGUUAAGGGAUGCUGUCCUACCCUGUGUCCUGGGUCAGUGUGUCUAGCCCUGAGCUGAUUACAUCGACAUUUAAUUUUAAAGUAAAUUCACAAUCUAAAGGUAAA